UGGAUCUCUAAAUCCUCUCGGCCGUUACUGUUUCAUCUCCGCCCAAGAACACACCCAUCCAGAAAGCCCCAUAUCAAGAAGAAGGCUGCCUCGCUUGUCACUUCAAUCGCAUCUGUGCCCCGAAUACUCAGAGACAUCACUAAACUUAAACGGCAUACGUUCAUUUCUUGCAAAAAGCUUUGAAAGAGGAUGAUUUCACGAAGACACUAAAGGGAUGUCUCGUCACACCGCCGAGUUAAUGGAGCACUUCUCGUUCGUCCGGCGGCAACUAGCGCUCCACCACGGCGCGUCCGCGGACAAGACGCGCCGCGCGCAAGGCUACAAAGACGCGCUGGCGCUUCCGUUCCACCUCGACGCGACCUACCUGGACGCCUCGGGUCAAGCCGUCACCGGUCGUUUGGCCUACCUGCCUUUCCGCGGACAUCAUCUGGAUCUCGGCGGGGUGUGUGACUAUGCCUACGAGCCGGCGUUCAUUCGGAAGCGCAACGAGAGAGAGCGUCAUCGAGUGCGCUGCGUGAACGACGGUUACGCGCGGCUCAGGGAACACCUGCCGCGGGAAUUGGAGGAGAAGAGACUGAGCAAAGUGGAGACCCUCCGUGCGGCCAUCGACUACAUCCGCCAGCUGCAGGGGGUGCUGGAGCGGAGCGCGUCCGGCGUCUUGGAGAUGUCGCCCGGAGACGCGCGUAAAAGUGGUAAAACCGGCCAGCCACGUGGGGCGGAGUGUAACAGCGACGGCGAGCUUUACUAGAAGUUUAGAAUAGAAAUAGAAGCAUGAGGGUUUUCUUGACUUUAUACGUUGAGACUAUAAUAGGCCUACUUUAAAAAAUAAAAAUAAACGCUUUGUACCACUCGAAGAUGUGAUAUUUUAAAGUAGGUCAAGGGUAACAUAUUGAGAUUCUUUUUUAGAACUUCCCAAGACACUGUACACAGCAUCACUGUGUUUGUUUGGUGGCAAUCUUGGUAAAUUUCCAUCCACAAUUCUCUUUAUUUUUUUAAGUGUUAUCCAUUACAAAAAGUAGCCUUACACUGUUUACAAAAAAAAGACUAUCAUAUUUGAAUAUAAAAUUGGGUAUUUAUAUUGGAGAUAAAUUAAUCAGAUAAUAAUUAAAUAAGCCAUUAUUUAUUUGUUAUAGAAGAACAGUUUGGAAUUGUUUCAUUGUAUUUUGUCAAUAAACAUUGGCAUUUACCAAAAUGUAUUCCCAUCAAAUUUGUUGCAAUGAGACUUCUGUCAAACCAAAUAAAACAAUCACUUUUUGGGAUAACAUUUAAUUGUAUGGACUCAUGGAUUUAUGAUGUAGGCCCAUAGACCUAUGUAUGCAACCUUCAUAGUCAACCGUCUUAACAGAAUCCCAAGCAUGUGGUUAUGCCCACUUCCUCUAUUAUUACCUCAAUCCCAAUAAUGCCUUUUCAAAGCCAACCCCAACUUUUGAUCUGCAACCUGCGUGAGGCUGGGCCGGAUAUUCCCCAUCCCAGGGGCGGAAGAAUGCACCGUUACACAGACGGAGCACCUUAGCAAAGAGAGGGAGAGAGAAACGCGCCCUCACAUCUAUUUUUUUGUUUAUGUCUAUCCCAGCCUGCAUCCCACCAUUAAUUCCCCCAGAAUCAUUCUAAUGUGGAAAACAUAAAAAAUAAAACAGUUUUGAAAGAGAUCGUA